AAGACAAGGCAGUGCCAAUUUGGUCCGCGCCCCCCGGACGACGCGCUCGUCCGUCCCGUCGCAGCGCCAUACUUUUUGCUAUAAACAGCCAGAGCUCUCCUCAUCAUCGCGCUCUCCGCGCGCGCCGUCCCGGAAUAGAGUAAAAUUAAACCAAGGGAAGCCAUAGAUCUGCUGCAAGAAAGAAGAGAAAAAUCAUGGCGGACACGAACCAGAGCGUGGUGGCGGUGAAGCCGACGCUGGCCAAGGGCACGCCGUCGGCGUCGUUCCGGCUCCGCAACGGCAGCCUGAACGCGGUGCGCCUGCGCCGCGUCUUCGACCUCUUCGACCGCAACGGCGACGGCGAGAUCACCGUGGACGAGCUGGCGCAGGCGCUGGACGCGCUGGGCCUGGACGCCGACCGCGCCAGCCUGGCCGCCACCGUGGGCGCCUACGUGCCCGAGGGCGCCGCGGGGCUGCGCUUCGGGGACUUCGACGCGCUCCACCGCGCGCUCGGCGACGCCUUCUUCGGCGCGCUCGCGGACCAGGACGACGGCGCGGACGGCGGCAAGGGCGCGGACGACGAGGAGGAGAUGCGGGAGGCGUUCAAGGUGUUCGACGUCGACGGCGACGGCUUCAUCUCCGCCGCGGAGCUGCAGGAGGUGCUCAAGAAGCUGGGCCUCCCCGAGGCCAGCAGCAUGGCCAACGUCAAGGAGAUGAUCUGCAACGUCGACCGCGACCGCGACGGCCGCGUCGACUUCGGCGAGUUCAAGUGCAUGAUGCAGGGGAUCACCGUCUGGGGCGCAUGAUGAUCAUCUUGCAUGCACCAUCAACAAUCCAUCGGCAUGCAGGUUGCCGAUCGGAUCGAUCCAAACCGGACGGACAGGGACAAGAUAUUUCUAGAUGCAUGUGGUGGCAUGAUAUAUAUGUAUGCUGCUGAUCAUCAGUAGUAAGUACGUUUUCAGGGUCGUCCUUCCUUAUUUCUCUUACUUAUUAUCUACCCUACCCUACCCUAGUAUGUAUACGUAUACGUAUAUGUAUGUAGAUGGCUGCGCCUGCGCGCGCGUCAGAAUGCACUGCCGCCCUUAAUUUCCCUGAUGCAUGCGUAUGCGUUCCUCUCUAAUUGUAUGUAAUGUAAUUGGCUAGUAGUUGUGUGCUGC